CUGGGGGAGGGGGAGGGGCCAGCGGCGGCGGCGGCAGCGAUGAGGGUAAAUAUCGAUGGGCUGUUGGUGUACUUCCCCUAUGACUACAUCUACCCCGAGCAGUAUUCGUACAUGCUGGAGCUGAAGAGAAUCCUUGAUGCCAAGGGACAUGGAGUUCUGGAAAUGCCGUCGGGAACGGGGAAAACCAUCUCUCUGCUGUCACUGAUUGUGGCUUAUCAAACGACCUAUCCUGCAGAAGUGACGAAGCUGAUCUAUUGUUCACGAACAGUUCCUGAGAUAGAAAAGGUAAGUUCCUCCUCCCGCCCCUUGCUGGAGUACAACGAGAAACACCCUGGGGAGAAGGACUCCCUGGCGCUGGCUCUCCUCUCCAGGAAGAACCUCCCCAUCCACCCGGAAGUCAGUGCCCAGCGGUUUGGGAAGGAGGUGGACGGGAAGUGCCACAGUCUGACCGCCUCACACGUCCGCAUGCAGCACUCCAGCGACCCCAGCGUGCCCGUCUGCAACUUCUACGAGGAGUUUGACGCUCACGGGAGAGUGGAGCCCCUCUCCUCCGGUGUUUAUAACCUGGAUGACCUGAAGGUUUACGGGAGACAGAAGGGAUGGUGUCCCUACUUCUUGGCUCGAUAUUCCAUCCUGCAUGCGAACAUCAUUGUCUACAGCUACCACUACCUGCUGGAUCCCAAGAUUGCAGACAUGGUGUCCAAGGAGCUGUCUCGGAGAUCGGUGGUGGUGUUUGAUGAAGCCCACAAUAUCGAUAAUGUCUGCAUCGACUCGAUGAGUGUGAAUAUAUCCCGCCGCACACUAGACAACUGCCAGACCAACAUCGAAACACUCCAAAAGACCAUACAACAUUUAAAGGAGACAGACGCUGCCAAAUUGAAGGACGAGUACAGGCAAUUGGUGCAAGGACUGAAGGAAGCCCACAUCGCCAGAGAAACAGACGUGUAUUUAUCCAACCCAGUAUUACCAGAUGAAAUCCUACAAGAGUCGGUGCCGGGCAGCAUUCGCACAGCCGAGCAUUUUGUUGGGUUCAUGAAACGGUUUUUGGAAUAUUUAAAGUCACGCCUGAGGGUGCAACAUGUGGUGGCCGAGAAUCCGCCCUGCUUCUUGAAGGACAUCUUCGAUAAAGUCUGUAUCGAGAGGAAACCCCUCAGGUUUUGUGCGGAGAGGUUGCGGUCCUUGCUGCGCACCCUGGAAAUCGCCGAUCUCACCGACUUCUCGCCCAUCACCCUCGUGUCCAACUUUGCCACCUUGGUCAGCACCUACACCAAAGGUUUCACCAUCAUCAUGGAACCUUUUGAUGACAGAACUCCGACAGUUGCUAACCCUGUCCUUCACUUCAGCUGCUUGGAUCCAUCCAUCGCCAUUAAGCCCGUCUUUGAGCGUUUUCAGUCAGUGAUUAUUACCUCUGGGACAUUAUCCCCUCUGGACAUGUAUCCAAAAAUCCUGGACUUCAGGCCUGUUAUCCUGGCCACGUUCACCAUGACUUUGGCGAGAACCUGCCUCUGUCCCAUGAUUGUGGGUCGAGGCAACGAUCAGGUGACGAUUAGCUCCAAGUUUGAAACCAGAGAGGACAUUGCUGUGAUCCGUAACUACGGCAACCUACUGCUGGAGAUGUCGGCCAUUGUCCCGGAUGGAAUCGUGUCGUUCUUCACCAGCUACCAUUACAUGGAGAACAUCGUGGCUUCCUGGUACGAGCAGGGAAUUCUAGAAAACAUUCAAAGAAACAAACUCAUUUUCAUUGAAACACAGGAUGCUGCUGAGACCAGCGUGGCUCUGGACAAGUAUCAGGAGGCGUGUGAGAACGGGCGAGGAGCCAUCCUGCUGUCGGUCGCCAGAGGGAAGGUGUCGGAGGGCAUCGACUUUGUCCACCACUACGGCAGAGCGGUCAUCAUGUUUGGAGUUCCGUACGUCUAUACGCAGAGCAGGAUCCUGAAGGCUCGAUUAGAAUACACACGGGACCAGUUCCAAAUCCGCGAGAACGAUUUCCUGACAUUCGACGCCAUGAGGCACGCGGCUCAGUGUGUGGGGCGUGUCAUUCGAGGGAAAACUGAUUAUGGAUUAAUGAUCUUUGCAGACAAGCGCUACGCACGAGCGGACAAGCGGGGAAAGCUGCCUCGAUGGAUCCAGGAGCACCUCACCGACAGCAACCUCAACCUGACUGUGGACGAGGCCAUCCAGAUCGCCAAGCACUUCCUGCGCCAGAUGGCACAGCCGUUCCGUAAGGAGGAUCAGCUUGGGCUGUCGUUGCUGUCACUGGAGCAGCUGGAAUCCGAGGAGAUAAUGAGCAGGAUUCACGAGAUCUCUCAUCAAGUGUGAGGCCAGAACGGACAAGAUUCCCGGCCCUGUUACGCUGCACUGCGUAAGUGGAGACUGUCCCGGCUGCCAGCAUCUCUCCAUCCUAGACUCACACAGUG